CACGGAAAUGUUGCCUAACCUUGACAGUUGCGUACGAUUUUAACCACAUUUUGAUGUGUGCAGCUUGUAGUUCGAAUGGUUGUUUGUAUAACUUAGCUGGACCAUGCAUAUAUGAUCCCACGUUUUUAAAGUUAUCUCAAUGCAACAUAUCUCUUACGCAUGCUCUUAGACUGGCAUUUAUUAAGGUAGAAAAUGAAUACCCUGGGUUUAGUGAACAGUUCAUAUUGCGCUUAUUAGAGCGUCUUGGCGUCGAUAUUGCAGUUGAUAUGCCGGAAACAUAUUUGAGGAUUGCUAGUUUACCCACUCACUAUCUUCAAAAACAGAAUGCAGCUCUUGACGAAAUAGAAGCUUCGGCGAAUCUUUUAAGGUUACAUUUGAGUAAGAUACCGGAUGAAAUUUCUAGUAGUGAUUGUUUUACCUCCUUAAUAAGAGAGAUUGCAAAGACUACGGAACACUUUUUGGAAUCGUUGUCUUCUCAGUGUAACCACCAACACUUAAGACUUAAAACAUUGAUUCACUUGAAGUUUGUGUUCAUUCAGUCGUGUAAGGAGUUUACUAAGACACUAAAAACAUUUUCUCAUGACCAAAAUCAAAUUCCAGUUCUUAUCCAAGCCAAUCAUCUAAUUCUAUGCACAAACACUAUUCUCGAUGCCAUAUACUCCUCUUGUGAUAAAUGACGGUGUGUUGGCCAACCCGAUUUUGGAUCCAUUGAAAAUUCCGCAUAUUUCAGCACUUCUGAUUGGUUUCCGCAAAUUUCCGCUUCACUGCUUGAAGACGACAAUCGAAUAAAAGAAAACGGGUUGGUCAAAAAUUCAUUCUGUAUGCAGACAAAAAGUGCAUUUCGUGUAUUUCUACGCCCUUCAAAAAUCACCAUUCAAAUUGCAUUGAUUACUAUUGCUAUUCUUUACUAUUUAUCCUGUGUAGUUACUUCUAAUGACAAUAAGCGGUUGUAUGAUUAUAUCCCGACCUUAUUUUCUUCUAAUGAUGAAAAAUGGAGCUUAAACUUACAAGGUGUAUACAGACUCCUUCGGCCUAUUUCCGCGCACAUACAGAGUGCAUUUACAAAGUGAGAUACUAUAUGAUAUAUUGAUUAUCUUUAGAUUUUCGUUUUCCAUGCUUUAUUUUAUUUUCUUUUAAAGUGGAAAAAAGUAUGUUUUGCU